AUGGCGCAGAUCCAGCAGCAGCAGCUGGUCAACCUUAAAGAAAUACCGGGGUUUAGCCGAAGUAGUGCGGUUUCGGCAACGGAUCCGGAUUGCGGCGUAAAUGCCAUGGUCAACUACACCCUGGGAGAGGGCUACAAGAAGAUCACCGAGUUCGAGAUCCGAUCCAGCACCGGGGAGGUUUGCAUCGCCUCGGAGCUGGACUUUGAGACGCGCAACUCCUACGAGUUCCCGAUCAUCGCCACGGAUCGAGGUGGUCUCAGUACGACGGCAAUGGUUAAAAUUCAGCUGACGGAUGUCAAUGAUAACCGGCCGAUGUUCUACCCUCGUGAGUAUAACGUAUCGCUGCGGGAGUCGAUGCCCACCAAUUCGCUUCUGUCGACACCGGUUGUUGUGGUGGUUGCGACGGAUUCCGACUCCGGUAGUUUCGGAACAAUCAGCUAUCGGAUCGUGGCCGGUAAUGAGGCUGGAAUCUUCCGUAUGGAUCGGUUGACGGGGGAGAUUUUUGUGGCGAGACCUAAUAUGUUGUCCAGCCGUAGUCAACCGUAUCAUCGGUUGAACAUUUCGGCUAGCGAUGGAGGUGGAUUGCGAUCGACGCACGACGCUGAAGUUUUCAUCAGCGUAAUCGAUUCGACGCAAAGGCCGCCUAUAUUUGAUAAGCCUAGGUACACGUACUACGUCAAAGAGGAUGUCAAAAAGAAUACGGUCGUUGGAACGGUGUCAGCUACCAGUAGCAGUAAUUCAGGGAGUCGAGGAGCCAUUCGCUACUUCAUCUACUCCGGCGAUCCAGAUGGGUAUUUUGCAAUCGAUCCAGUGUCUGGAAACAUUCGUGUCGCUAACACCUUGGAUCACGAAACAAAACCGCAGGUUCUGUUGAACAUUCAAGCUACCAGUGGGGAUCCACCGGCCUAUGGGCACACCCAGGUCAACAUCGACAUCGAAGAUGUGAACGACAACCCUCCGGAGUUUGAGUCGAGUACGGUGCGGAUAUCGGUACCGGAAAAUGUAGAAAUCGGAUCACCGCUAUACGCAGCAAAUGCCCACGAUAAAGAUUCCGGAAUGAGUGGAGUAAUUACCUAUCGGUUGAGUAGCAAUGGAGGAGCUUCGGCAAAUAAUUUGUUUGCCAUCGAUGGCCGGUCCGGUCACCUUAGUUUGGCUAGGCCUCUGGACUACGAAACUGCUCAACGUCACACACUCAUUGUAACAGCGGCGGAUUCCGGUGUCUCUUCACUGUCUACAAACCUCACGAUCUUGGUUGAAGUUCAGGACGUUAACGACAAUGCUCCGACAUUCGACAAGAAUGAAUACUCGAUCAAGGUCAUGGAGUCGAUCCCGAGUAAUUCACAGAUUCUUCAAGUAAGCGCCUCGGAUGCCGAUACGGGUAACAACGCUCGGCUGACGUACCGAAUCUUGGGAGACAACCAGCGUCCUCGUACGGGAAAAUCGUCUGCCUCGGCCGACGAUAGUGUACCAGAUAUUUUCGGCAUCUUCCCGAACAGUGGAUGGAUCUACCUACGGACCAAACUGGAUCGGGAGCUUUACGAUCGGUAUAACAUCACCGUGAUCGUGAGCGACAACGGAGUUCCAACACUCUCGGCCACUACCCACGUCAUCGUUACGGUGCAGGACGCGAAUGACAACAGUCCCGUGUUCGCCCAACAAACGUACGAGUUUGAAAUCGAGGAAAACAUGCGGCGUGGUUCGAUCAUCGGUCAGGUUACGGCUAACGAUGCGGACGCCGGAAUCAAUGCCGACGUGCGGUACAGCUUGAUACCCAGCAAUACCAGCUUCCAGAUCAAUCCAGUUUCAGGUGAAAUAACAACCCGAGACAGUCUCGAUCGCGAAACCAAAGCUUUGUACGACCUAGUCGUGGAAGCUCGCGAUCAAGGAACUCCCUACCGUAGUUCGAGGAUUUCGAUCAAAAUUAAAAUCCUGGACGUCAAUGACAACUCGCCGGACAUCGUUGAUCCACAAGAAGAUGUGGUUAGCGUUCGGGAAGAACAACCGAUCGGAACGGAAGUGGUUCGGGUGCGAGCCAUCGAUCGGGACUUCGGAGUCAACGCUUCGAUAACCUACUCGAUUCUGAAAGGCCGUGACUCCGAUGGACAUGGUGUGUUCUCGAUCGACCCGAUGACAGGAGUUAUCCGAACCAAGGCUUCGUUGGACCAUGAAGAGAAAACCAUCUAUCGGCUGGCAGUAGCUGCAACGGAUAACGGGAAACCUCAAAGGCAGACAGUUCGGCUAUUGAGAAUCGAAGUUCUGGACCUAAACGACAACCGACCCACCUUCACCAGUUCCAGUUUGGUGUUUAGGCUCCGUGAAGACGUUGGGGUCGGUCAUGUGAUCGGAUCCAUAAGUGGUAACGAGCAAUCAGAGGCAGAGAACUUCAUCACCAGUUCCAAUGACCUGCACAUAACCUACACGCUGACUCCGUUGACCAACGAUAUCACUGAGGGAGCAUUUGAUAUCGAUCGGAACACCGGAAAGUUGGUUGUGGCACGAUCACUUGAUCGAGAACAGCAAGGUGAAUAUCGGAUGGAAAUUCGUGCACUCGACACCAGCGCAAGUAAUAAUCCUCAAAGUUCGGCGGUAACCGUGAAAAUCGAGAUUGCAGACGUCAAUGAUAAUCCACCGAAGUGGCCUAGCGAUCCAAUCAAUGUUUAUAUCCCCGAAGAUAGUCCGGUAGGUGCGAUCGUGUUCAACUUCACUGCAACUGACAACGAUACCGGUACAAAUGCAGAGAUCAAGUACAACCUAUCCAGAUUGGCUAACCACAAGGAAUACUUUUCGAUCGACACCCUAACGGGAUCGUUGACGCUUUUGGCGCCUCUGGACUAUGAAGAUGUUAACGAAUUUCUGCUGAUCGUUCAAGCAACCGAUCAAUCUUCGAAUGUCACUGAAAGAUUGACAACCUCAGCUACAGCCAAGAUCAUGAUUACCGAUGUGAAUGAUAACUCACCGAACUUCGUGGUUCCUCAAGCUCAGGAAACAACCGUUUACAUAAGUGAUUCGUUAGAGGUCAAUCACGUAGUUUCCCACGUGGUAGCGAUUGAUCGUGAUAGUGGAGAUAACGGGCGAGUGGUUUAUAAAAUUGUAAGUGGUAAUGAUGAUGAAAGAUUUGCUAUCGAUCCAAACACCGGAUUCAUCCGACUGGUUAAAGCUUUCACCAGUAACUUUAUUGCCGACAAUUCGAAGAACUCGGUGACCGGACGUUAUAACCUAGUGAUCAGUGCCUCGGAUCAGGGAGUUCCAAGAUCAAAGGAAGCUCGAAUUACGAUCCAAAUUGUCAUCCAAAACACAACGAAUAAUCCACCGAGGUUCCUUGAAUCGAUCUACAGAGUCAACAUAACCGAGAACGUUCCAACCGGAAGCUUUGUAGUCCGAGUUUCAGCAAAAUCCUUCAACGAGAAUGCCAACACAAACAUCUCGUACGAAAUUCCAAAGGGUGUCGGAGACGACCACUUUGUAGUAGAUCCCGUCCGAGGAAUUGUCACCACCCGGGGUACUUUCGAUCGGGAGUUUAAGGACACCUACACGAUUCCGAUUUACGUAACGGAACAGAACCGCUUUAAGACUUCAGGCUCUGGAACUACCAAGGACAUGAGCCAAUUUGACGUGGCAACGCUGGUCGUUCGAAUUACGGAUGUCAAUGACCAUGCUCCCGAGUUCAUGCCGGGAUCUUGCUACCCGCUAGCUAUUCCGGAAAACAGUGAACUCUCAGUAAUACACAACGUUGUAGCCAGUGAUUUGGACGAAGGGUUGAACGCCGAAAUUACGUAUAGUAUAACAGGAGGAAACAUUGGAAACAAAUUCAGCAUCGAUAUGAACACCGGAGCACUGACGGCUCGACCUCUGGAUCGAGAAGUUCAUGCCCGGUACGUGUUGCAAAUAACAGCUCAGGAUCGUGGAUCUCCAACGUCCCACCAGGGUCAUUGCAACAUCACAAUUCGAGUGGAGGAUGAAAACGACAACGAUCCGAAGUUCGAGCUACAGAAGUACAUCGCCACUAUCGAUGAAGACGUCCAAAUCGGAACAACAGUCCUAACGGUGAAGGCUGUCGACGCCGACAUCGGAAUCAACGCGCGGAUCGUUUACAGCUUGGCCAAUGUAACCGAGUGGCUCUUCGACAUUGACAGCAAAACAGGAGUCAUCACUACGGCUGGACCCUUCGACCGAGAACGAUCAAACACCUUCAACUUCAUGGUGGUAGCGACCGAUGGAGGUCGGUACAAUGCUCGAUCGCAAACGGUUCCGGUGCAGAUCAUCAUUGCAGAUGUGAACGACAACAAACCGGUGUUCGAUAGGUAUCCUUACCGGGAGCAGGUUGGAGCUUUGGUGCAGCCGGGUCAAACAUUGCUGCACGUCUCGGCCACGGACGCUGAUCAGGGAAGCAAUGGAGAGAUUGUGUAUAGUUUGGCCGAUAAUCCGGGGAAUGCCAAGUUCCGGAUUAAUCCUAGUACUGGAGCAUUAAGUGCCAUGCAAUCGCUAGCAAGUGACAAUGGACAGCUGCUUCAUGUGGAAGUGAUCGCGAGAGAUAAAGGAAACCCUCCGCAGGUAGCUACGGGACUGGUUGAGCUGCGCGUUGGAGAAACGCAGCAGGAAAGGCCGGUUUUACGAUUCCAGAACAAUUCGUAUAACGUUAGCUUGGUGGAGAAUACACCCGUGGGCUACUCAGUGCUGCACUUGAAUGCCGUUCGAAGUGAUGGCCGGAGGCAGAAGAUAAUCUACAGCUUCGGGUCAGGUAACGAGGAUGGAACCUUCUCGAUCGACGCCGUUACUGGGGAAAUCAAGAUCCGUAAUUCGUACAACUUUGAUUUUGAACGUUUCGAUCGAUUGAAGUCUGGAGGGGUAGAGUUGGUUGCGGUCGCUCGAACUGAUGGUAACCCUCUAUUGUACGGCUACUGUACAAUCAAUGUGACUCUUCAGGAUGAAAACGACAACGCGCCAAGGUUUACCCAGCAGCAAUACUCUGCUUCGGUUUGGGAAGGUAACAACAAGGGGGCGUUCGUGAUCAAGGUGGGAGCCUUCGAUGCUGAUCAGGGAUCGAAUGCUCACAUUCUCUAUCACAUUGUGGACGGAAAUCAUGACAAUGCCUUCAUAAUUGAACCGGCCUUCAGCGGUAUUGUGAAGACGAACAUCGUCCUGGAUCGGGAAAUUCGGGACAAGUAUAAGUUGAAAGUCAUUGCUACCGAUGAAGGAGUCCCUCAGAUGACCGGGACGGCCACCAUCAACGUCAAUGUGGUAGAUGUUAAUGACAACCAACCGACGUUCCCACCCAAUACGGUUAUAAGCGUCAGCGAAGCAACCGCCGUCGGAACAGUGGUAACCUCGAUUACGGCCAAUGACGUCGAUACCAACCCUCCGUUAACGUACAGCUUCGGUGAUGGCUCGGACGACGACGCCAAGUUGUACUUCUCGAUCGACCGGUACAGCGGAAAGGUGAUCCUAACCAAGCCUUUGGACUAUGAAGAUCGACACGAGUUCCUGCUGCGGAUACUGGCAUCGGACUCGACGCAUGUUGCAAGGGCCACCUUAACCGUUCGCGUUACCGACGUCAACGACAAUGCUCCGGUGUUCCAGCAAAUCACCUAUCACGCGAUGUUGAAUGAUGAUUCCGAAAGUAACACCAACAUCCCCAUCAUUUCGGUGAACGCCACCGACGCAGAUGCGGAUCAGAACGCAGCCAUUCGAUACGCAAUCAACCCCCCUACAGCUGGAUUCGCCAUAGACGAACUGACCGGGCAGCUGUUUGUCAACAUGAGUCAACUACACAAAACGCGAUCCGGAACACUUUACCUUUCCGUAUCAGCAACGGACUCCGGACGUCCAGCCCUAAGCUCCUCGACAACCGUUAGACUAGAAAUGAAAUCCAAAAGCAAAGCAAAUCCACAUUUUAUACAAAACCAAUACCGACUGUCGGUGAACGAAAAUUCCCCGGCCGGAACGGUAAUCACGAAUCUGAUCCCCAAGCCCAUUGCCGAACAGAUGGACGUAAGCAGUAGCAUCGCAUUCGAGAUCAUCGACGGUAAUGGGGAGGGUGCGUUCGAGAUCUCGUAUCCGGCGGGUGCCAUCAUGCUGGUGAAGCCACUGGACCGGGAGACUACCGAUUACUACGAGCUGAGGUUGGUUGUUACUGAGCCGGGUUCGGCGAUGGUCUAUAAGGGUAUGAAUAUGUCUUCCAGUAUAAGGGUAGCGAUCACGGUUGAGGAUGAUAAUGAUAAUGCACCGGAGUUUCAGCCGGGGUCUUACGAGGUUGCAAUUAGUGAGUCGGCCCCGAUUAAGCAAUCGAUCGCGCAGAUUGUAGCGGUUGAUGGAGAUUUGUCAGGGUCACCGAAUUCGGAGGUGGUUUAUCAGAUAGUUUCCGGGAAUGAUGGUGGGUUGUUUUCGAUUGAUUUGGUGAGCGGUUUGUUGUAUACGAAUAACAAUUUGGAUUACGAUCGGGGUCCGAUGCAGUAUAGUUUGGUUUUGAGGGCUUGUGAUAGUCAUCACGUGUAUCCGAGGUGCAGUAUUCAUCCGUUUGUAAUCAAUUUGACGGAUGAGAACGACAACGAGCCGCAGUUCCCGGUGCCGGAGUAUUUGGAGUUUGUGGGGGAGAAUGAACCGAUUGGGAUCAGUAUAUUUACGGCUCGAGCUACGGAUAUGGAUCGGGGAAUCUACGGCAAGGUGAACUAUUCGAUCGAUACGGCUUUGAAUGGGUAUUCGAGUGGUUUGGAUGAUGGUUGGAAGCUGUUCAAGGUUGAUCCGAGUACGGGAGUUAUCAAUACGAAUGCUGUGUUUGACUAUGAGGAGAAGAAUCGUUAUUUGUUUACUUUGAGGGCUAUGGAUUCCGGUGGGAAAUCGAAAACAGUCAAGGUUAGGAUUAUGAUCGAGAGCCGGGAUGAGUUUAGUCCGCAGUUUACGGAGAGGACGUAUCGGUUUGUGUUGAAGACUCCUGAUACGGGAGCAUUGCCUGUUGGUUAUGUUGUGGGUCAUGUGACGGCUACCGAUCGCGAUAGAGGACCUGAUGGAAGGAUUGUGUACCAGUUGACUACGCAGCAUCCGUACUUCAAGAUGAACAGGACGACGGGAGCCAUUUUGAUCAAGAAGAAACUGGAUGAUGUAGCGGCGUCGUUGGAAUCGGGUAGAGAUAUUAGUUUGGUAGUGACGGCGAGUUCAGGACGCCAAGGUUCUUUAACGAAUAUGACGGUAGUUGAAAUUUCAAUCGAUGCUUUAGGCUUGAUCAGGAGCAAUGAAGCAGGUGGGGAUUACGGCAAUUCGGAAUCGGUGUCCGCUAGCAAUGGGUUAGCGAAUUGGGCUCUUGGACUGUUGAUUUCUGUCUUACUGGUAGUGAUCUGCGCAGCUUCAGUAUUCUUGUUCCUUCACAUGAGAAAUCGACAGCACAAGCAUGUGAAUAAGAGUGGCUUGAGUACGGAAUCGGUAGGUCAUUCGAAUAACUACGUUGAUCCUAGUGCCUUCGACACCAUUCCUAUUCGAGGUAGCUCUAGCGGAACGAAUCGUGAAGGUCAGUUUGCUCCUCCAAAGUAUGAUGAAAUACCUCCUUACGGGGCUAGUUCAAAUUCAGGAGCGGCAACUACUUCGGAACUCUCUGGAUCGGAGCAAUCGGGAUCGAGUGGUAGAGGAUCGGCUGAGGAUGAUGGAGAAGAUGAGGAAAUUCGCAUGAUCAACGAAGGUGGUCCAAUGCAAAGGGAUACGCUACAGCUGGAUGGUCGUUUGUCGAAUGUUUCGGUGCAGAAUACUCAGGAAUAUCUUGCUCGAUUAGGCAUCGUCGAUAACGCUACUACGGGUAAUGCGUCGAACUCUUCCAGACGUUGCUCAGAGAGUAUAGGCUUAGGUAGUAACAAAGACGCUAUGCUUCAUCAUGCUCUUCCGAUCGAUACGCUGCACAUGUUCGAUGACGAGCAUAGGGAGUCCGAUUUGACCAAUUUGAUCUACGCUAAAUUGAAUGAUGUUACGAAUAACAGCGAUCGUGCUAGUAGUGUAGAUGAAACGGUUACUAACGCAGGUAGUAUAGGUGCCGCUGUAGAUCACGUCAUGAUGGGUAACUAUGCAGAUGUUCCGGUGGUAGGAGGUCAGCAUAUGAACGGUUCCUUGAGUUCGAUUGUACAUAGUGAGGAAGAACUUACCGGAAGCUACAACUGGGACUACCUGUUAGAUUGGGGACCUCAGUAUCAACCUCUUGCUCAUGUCUUCUCAGAAAUAGCACGACUUAAGGACGACACCCUAUCAGUUCACAGUGGAAACAGUGGGACUUCUAGUGCCAAGAGUAAAAACUCACUUCACCACAGCGUCAAGAACGUCCCACCUCCACUUCUCACAAACGUAGCGCCCCGGUCGAUUAAUGUGCCGGUAUUUUCGGCCCGCGGAACCAGUGGCCAUCACAGUCAAGCACCCAGCCAUCAGUAUUUGCUGCCCCGAUCACCAAUCAGUCACGAUUCGGCGGCAGGUUUCAGCACCUCAUCAGCUAUGUCACCCAGUUUUUCACCCUCCCUAUCCCCCCUAGCGACCCGAUCACCGUCGAUAUCCCCGCACGUGACCGGUGUUCCCACAUCCCAUCACAUGGUUUCUCUACCGCGGCCACCGCAACAGCGAGGCCCUCGUAAACCCUACUAGAAGCUCCUUGUUCCUAUAAUUAAAAUCCAUCCCCGAAAUACUCCCGUUCUCCAAUGCUUUUCGCUCUCUGAACAUACUCCAUUACACGCUGAAAGUUCAACCACCCUUUUUUGGGUUAGUAAUACUUAAAAAUGUCAUUGGGAGUAGUUCGUGAGAGAAACAUCACUGGACGUGGGACUGUGACAUGGCUGUGCAAAUAAUUCGAUUAGUUUCGGAUUGAGACUGUAAAUAGAGACCCACUGACGACCGCAGUGACGCCUACAUCUGUGCAAACACAAGUUGUACAAAGAUUCGAGAAAGAGAGACACAAAUCAAAUGUAAAGUACGAAUAGACAAAUUUUAAAGCUUUUAAUUGAAAUUAAUUUUUAAAAAUUACGAAAAUCAAUCAAACCAUCACUCAGUGAACGUGCCUUCCGUUUGGAAACAAACAGUAAAUAUGUAAAAAUAAGCGUAGGUAGUUUAAGCGAAUUUAAAAAACGAAAAAGCUACAAUUAGAGCUGUAAAAAUGAUUUUAAACAAUUUACAAUACGAAACGAUAUUUUAACCAUAGCAUUUUUUUACAUUUCGCGUUAGGUUGUAUAUAAAACUGCGUGAAUUGAACUACAAAACAGUAGCAUGUAGCGAGAGCCAGAAACCAGAACAGUGCAGAAAUGCUAGCAUUUUUACAAUGUUUCACAAGCAAAAGACUGUUUAAGCUAGAGUAGAGUCGUUUAGCUAAAGAAAUAAAACUUUCAUUAAGACACAAACGAACACAUUGCCGAAGUAUUGAAUAAUAUUCAGAAACCUGAACAGCAUUUCUUGUACGACUUUCAUGCUUUCGUAUGUACCAUUUGAAGCUAAACAAUUUUUAAUAGUAGAAAAGAAAAUCUAGGCAUUUUAUCAUUUUAUCGUUAAACAACAAAGUAACAAAUUUUAAUUCAUCCAAAAGUGUCUCAACCCUGUGUAUUUAUAUGAAUAUAUUUUACAUAAAGGCCAUAUGUAAGGACAGACAACGAUUGCAGUUUUAAAGAAUUAAAUAUAUUACAAACAAUU